GCAUGGUGAAGCCACGUCACCUUUCAAAGCGAGCGCUCCGAUAGGUACGCGAACAGCCUCGCUGACAACAGCUUCGUCAACUAGUAGGAUUAAGGCUACCGCUGAAGCAUCCUCAGCACCAUCCUCGGCCUCUUUUUCAAGGGGGAAAAGGGCCCAGGGAUGGGCAUUGGGAUGCGACGCGGUAGCUCUAAUAGAAGUAGGCCUUCGUAUGGUAAUCAUGUUACAGGUGGAUCAUCAAUGACACAUCCUCCUGUAUCCACCUCUUCAGAAGGAUACAACCCAGGAGCACCUAAGAAGAAAAAGAGUAUGUCGACAAAUUUUAUGCUGUUAAAGCGAGUGCAGCGCUACGUCCUCAGAAAUCAGUCGACCACGGAUUUCAUCUGGCAGUAUGACGAUCAUUUGAACCCGAACAACAGUGGUGCGACUUCUACUAGUAAUGCCUCCUUUAGUGAAGUAGAUCGACAAUCCAGGUGGAACAACACGAUUAAUGGGGGUGCUUCAGUUGUAUCAUCCUCUAGUGGUGUAGGGAGUGUCUCCUCUGGUAGAAAUCUUGGCAGUAGCAGGGUAUCUUCAGCAAGCGCUACUAGGAAUUCUGCUGGUGCCCGCGCUGGUCGUUCAUCUGCCUCCUCGUCACUGAGUCGGGAACAGCAACUGUUUUUGCAGGAACGUGAUGGCUUUUUGUUAUGGUCCACUUUUAUUCAUCUUCGCAGUAUCUUGGUAGUGGUAAGUACGCCUUUCCAGGCUAGGGAACAGGUUAAGGUGCCAAGAUGAGGUGCCCGAGAUGAAAUCAAGCCUACUCUAAUUCUGGACUAUUUGUGGCAGUUGCUUCCUAUCACCCCUCGAGUUAGUGGCAUAUGCAAGCUGGUGCCAAAAUGUCUCCGC